GACGCGCCACGGAUCUGACGGAUCGCCACGGUCCCGCGACCGGCCAACUCUGUCGCGGCCCAGUCUCGAUCUUGCCUCUCGUCUCGCCUUCAUCUCGUCGUUCGCGUCGUCCGUUUUUCGUGCCCGCGAUCGGCCCGCCGAUUUCUCUCGUUCGCUCGCGCCGAGUUCAGUUUCCGCGGCGCGGAAUCGCGAUUGUUUUCCACUCGCGGUGAACGCGGUGAACGAAGUGACUCGACGAAGGAGUUCGAUCCGCAGGAAAUUACGCCAGCAAGAUUUUCCCAAUUGCGCUUUUCGAUUCGAGGAAAUCUUACGAAACUCGUUUGCUGCCACAAACGAUUCUUAUCAAAGAUGUAAAGUACGAAAUCGCAGCAUCACUUUUCCUAUGUACUUUUCCGCCGGACAAUUUUAGCUGUCUUUGUCAACGAUAUUGCGAUAUUGUGCGAAUUGUGUCGCCGAUGUGAAACGAGUGGUUUUGCUUACUGCGAACGAUUCCGGGAGCAUGAAACGAUCGUACGACGUCGAAGUGUCAGUGAAACAAGAUUCCGGACAUUAAAAUCUUCACGGGUAGCUCGGAAAGACAUUGUUCUUACUUACCUCAUCUGUCGUCGAAGUGUCCACCGUCGGCGGAGCAAUUGUGGAGAGCGCGGCCGGUGAUUGGGUGCAGCUGCAGCAGCAUCGGGUAAAUGCAGCGACGACGGCCGACGCCUUUAUGAAUUACGUGGACAGGUCCAGGAUGGUCUCGCACAUCAUCCCUGUUUCCGGGGAGCUGCAGCAGGGGAAUGGCAAUCUGGGCUCCGCAGCACUCAACAGCUUGGACCCUCCUCAUCUGAAGAUCAAACAGGAGCCGUUUCAGCUGUCGCCGCCGUCGCCCCUGCCGCCUCUUCAUCAAGUAAGCGGCUUCGUGUCCGACCUGCAGGGCGGCUGCAUAGGCGGCAACGCGAAGGACCUCGACUCGUCGUCGGUUCCCGGCAGUCUGGGCCGAGGUUUAACGUCGCACCAUGUCUCCCUCAGUCAUCACCACCACCACCACCACCAUCAUCCCCAUCACAGUCUGCACAGCCCCAGCCCCGUGGUCUCCAUACACACCACCACCACUACCACCGGCGGUUCGACGCACCAUCACCUGGACGACAAGGGCUCGUCGCCCGUGGGCGCCCUUCACAGCACGACCAAUAGCAAUCCCUCCACGCCGUCCGCACCCUCCACGCCCACCGUAGCCGCCACCGACAGUACCGCAACCGCCGUCGCGACCGGCACGAAUAAUGGCAUCAACGGCGGCUCCUCCGCCACGAACAGCAAACCACCCUACAGCUAUGUCGCCCUCAUCGCCAUGGCGAUACAGGACAGCAAGCAUAAGAGGGCGACCCUCAGCGAGAUCUACGCCUACAUCACCGCCAAGUUUCCGUACUUUGAGAAGAACAAGAAGGGAUGGCAGAACUCGAUCAGGCACAAUUUGUCGCUGAACGAGUGUUUCGUCAAGGUGCCCCGGGAGGGUGGCGGCGAGAGAAAGGGCAAUUUUUGGACGCUCGAUCCGCAAUACGAAGACAUGUUCGAGAACGGCAAUUACCGAAGGCGAAGACGAAUGAAGCGUCCCUAUAGAAACGCUCCAUACAAACCACCGCUCUUCGGCGAUCCGUUCUCGACGACCCACAUGCACCUGGGAUCCAGGAACAUUUUCGGCCACUCACCCCCUUCAUAUGCCCCCACCGCUUAUUCGCGAUACGACACGAGCGCAUGGAGUCUUCAACAAUCGCAACUCUCGUAUAGCCAUUGUCAGUCGCUGCAGCCGCAAUUGCAGCCGAUGCAGUCGAUGCAAAUCCCGGCUAUGAACGGCUACAGUCAACUGGGUACCUCGUUAAGUGAGUCACUAUUCUUGCACUUUGCACCCUCUUUUAUCGAGCGGGAUAAUGCUGAACGACCAGACAAAGCGUUUCAAGGCAAUUACCUGGAUGUUCCAGGUGGAACGGCCGGAUCGCCCGGUUCCAUGGGCGGCGGCUCCUUCGGCAGCAGUUUUGCCGCGUGCGGUAGGAGACACGAAUCCGCGAUGGCCACGGAUGCAAUGCCUGGCAGAUGCUAUUGGCCCGAAAUGGUGAACGUGAAGGAGGAGCCCGGAACCAACACCGUGUCGACCAGCGGCGUCGGCGUCGGCGUUGGCGUCGGCGUCGGCGGCGUCGGCGUCCCGUCCGGCAUGAUGAGCACCGCCGCGUCGUCGGGCGUCUCCACGACGGGAUUCGCGCCGAUGGAGUUCCAGACGCGUUCCAAGUGCUUUAUGUGAACACAAGAGGAACCGCCGUCAAAUAGCAGCGCGUGCUACGUGACGAGCCGACGUCGCGAGGAUCGAGGGACGAUCCUAGGACGUGAUCUAUCGCGCGGCGCGUUAGAUCGCGACAAGAUGGAUUCGCGAUUCGACGAAUGGUGAGCGAUGCAUGCGACCUAAAUGCGUAUCUCUCGAUGACGCGGUAAUGCGGAUUAUAUUUAACAAAUAUUAUCGAAUAAUAUCUGAUAAUCGUUAAGCGAUGUUAUUGGAUGAUCGUUCGCGAAUCUAACCGCGCGGGGUAACACAACGUAAACUCGUUUGUGAAACUCGCGUAAUUGCUGUUAUUGUGUUAAUUCGAUGUUAAAACGUACGUACAUCGUGCGUCUUUCCUGCGUAGAUGCGCUCGUUCACGCUCGUUAAAUACGUAAACGACGUGCAAUACGCGCGUGGUGGUAGUCGUGCUUAUCGUGUGCGAAAUAUUACGAUAUGAUGCGGUAUGGUGUGAUCCCUGAAUCUUUUUCGUGAAACUAGCAGCCGCGAUCGCGUCUAUUGCGGUCCGGAUCGAUCGGAGAUCGUCGCGUGAGAUGAGAGCACAGGAAUGAUCGCGAGGAAUGAUCUCUUCACCCCCGUUUUUUUUUUUUUUUUUUUUUGACGAUAUAACACGUUUGAAAAUACCUCUAUCUUCGCACAUCGUUGUCGACUGCUAGACAGUAUUUAAUAUCUUGAUGAGAGAGGCGAGAGGCGAAGGAAGUUUGUUCACACAUGGGAAUGAGAUAUCGUUUCGAUCGCGAUAGAAAAGAAAGCGCGUUCCGAACUAAUUUUGGAAGCAAGAAACGUUAUUCCAGAUACGAGAAUUAUGGCGGCAAAAUUUUCACGCGUUCUUUGCACUCGAAUGAUCAGACGAUAUCUUUUUUUUUUGAAUUUGUGCCCGUAUUUGGAUCGUUUUCUUAUUAAUUGUUUGCGUUUGCACACAUUGGGCAUAUUCAAUUUAAUAAUAUUGAUACCUUUUCUAUUGCGAUAUAAACGUUUGUGGAAACGGUAGCUCUUAGUUAACAUGAAUCCAUUGUGAGAAAAGCGAUGUAGGGAAAAGCCGUCUUGUUGUAGAGAGUUCUUUUAUAAUAUAUAUAGAUAUAUAGAAUUUAAUAAUGAAUAGAGCUAUAUAUGUUUAAUCGUACAAAUAUGUACGUUUCAUGUGAAUUAUGCAGAUUAAAACGAAAUUGUUUCCGCGAUUACGAUGUAAAUAUACGAUUAGCGUAGACGUUGUAACGACUUUAAGAAACUCAUACUGCGAAUUAAUUAGUCUUAUGUAUAAAUCACUAAAAUUGGCUUCUAUUAAGUGUAUAACGCUCCGUUCAAGUUAUUACACACCAAGAUCGUGUAUGAGCACUUUGUGGCAGCUGCGGUACAGUGGUUCGGCCAAAAAUCCACGUGUAAAAAAAAGUGUAACAGCGGCUAUAUAAGAGAUAAAAAUAAAUAUUAAUUAUUUAUCAUCAGAAA